GAUGAAGUCUCCAUCUGCAGAGAGCGAGUCAGGAGACAUGCCUUCUGGCAGGAGCUGAAGAAGACAGCUGUGUUUGGUGUGGUAUUUUUAAACGCAUCAAUGCUGCUCCAAUCCCCGCGCCUCGCCUGACCUAUUUUUAGCCAGGGCUGGCCAUUGUUCUAUUUCUGUCACCUGUGGGCCACGCAGUUGUUGAUUCACAUGCAAAUGAAGCUUGCUCCCUCCCUGGCUUGCAUUACUGCCUCAGCGAGGUGCUCAGUGCACAGUACACGGCUUUCCUAGCAACUCAGCUUUACAUUUUUCUCCGUCGCUGCUCAGACACUCUGCUGAGGAGAGGUAGAGCCACAGCCUGGGUUAGAAAGAGGAAAAGAUAGGCAGAUAAGAAAAGAAAAAGAAAGCUGGACUUGUCAUCUUCUCCUCAAACUGUGUUAGUGUUUGGAUCAGACUGAAGCAGGGCAGCAGGAGAGGGGCAGCCCUGCAGAGAGAGUGUGCCGUUUGUGUUAUUGCUCUACAGUGUGGAGUCUUGUAUCAGAGGAGGAGGCAGCGGAAGGGAGAGAGUUGCCUGUUGUCGUGGUCUCUCCCCUGAGUGGCUGAGGGGUGGCUCUUGGUGACAGGAAACGCAAGGCUUGCAAUGAGACCUGAGCGCUGAGUGGAGUAUGCUGCAGACGAUUUACGAGGGCGAGUCAAGUUUCUCCACAACAGAAGGGCGCGUUGGACACCAGCAGUUUCCCAGCCAGAGCAAGAUGCACAACGUGAACAACUCAGCCGGUCUCUGAUUCUGUGUGAAAGGCGAACUCAAAGCUUCUCAGAACAGCAACGUGGUAGGAUCAGGCACUUCUUCCUGAAUCAAGUGGACAUAAAGUCAGACGUGCCAUUGGCUGUGGAGCCCUUAUCUCCUUUGGACCUGCGCACUGAUCUGAGGAUGCUGGGACCAGGCUCGGACCCGGGACUGUGGGAGAGGCAGCUGCAGCAGGAGCUGCUGCUUAUUCAGAAGCAACAGCAGAUUCAGAAGCAGCUACUAAUCAGCGAGUUCCAGAAGCAGCAUGAGAAGUUGACCCGCCAACAUCAAGCUCAGCUCCAGGAGCACCUCAAGCUCCAGCAGGAGCUCCAGGCCAUGAAACAGCAGCAGGAACUGGCAGAGAAGGAGCGUCGUCUGGAGCAGCAGCAGCAGCAGCAGCAGCAGCAGAACCAGCAGGAGAAGGAGCAGGAGAGGCAUCGGCGAGAGCAGCAUGUUUCCAGCCUGAUCCUCAGGGGCAAGGAGCGCCCCAGAGAGAGUCUCACAGGUGCAGUGGCCAGUACCGAGGUGAAGCAGAAACUCCAAGAGUUUCUGUUGAGCAAAUCAGCAAAGGACUCUGCCAGCAAUGGAGUCAGUCAUUCUAUAAUCCACCACCAAAAGCUCUGGUACUCCAGGUCUUCUCACCAUACAUCACUGGACCAAAGCUCUCCACCCCUGGGCGGCACAUCCCCCACUUGCCAGUAUACGCUGCCGUCACCCAUAGAGAGCAAGGACGACUUCCCCUUGAGGAAGACAGCCUCUGAGCCUAACCUGAAGGUACGAUCCAGACUGAAGCAGAAGGUAGCGGAGAGGAGGAGCAGCCCGAUGCUCAAGAGAAGAGAUGGAAACGUCAUGACUCCUUACAAGAAGAGAGCUCUGGAGCUAAUGGACUCUACGCCCACGAACAGUGCCCCUGGCUCCGGUCCCAGCUCUCCCAUUGGGGCCUCCAGUGCCUUGGGGGCUGAAAAUGGUCCCUCCUCUCUGCCUACUACCACAAAAACUGAGAGAUGGCCUUCACAGCCGAGAUUAUUUCGACCUGAGGGCUCUGUGUCGAUGCUGAGCUUAUACACUUCUCCCUCCUUACCCAACAUCUCCUUUGGGCUUUCAACUGCAUCCUCACCCAUUAGUGCUGCCAUGGGGUUGAAGGACAGAUCGACAGAAAUCAGGCAUGGGCUGCCGGGGCACCUGCUGGGCCCUGUGCCCCUUCAGACGGGCCUUGAGUCUAAAGUGAGCCCCAGUCACCAGGCCCUCCUCCAACACCUCCUCCAAAAGGAGCAGAUGAGGCAGCAGAAAAUACUGUCUUCUGGCCAAGGCUCCAUGUCAUCCCACCCUCAGUCACCUCUUGCCAUGAAGGAUCGGCCCUCCAGUAGUCGGCCUAAACUACCCAAACACAGGCCCUUGAACAGGACCCAGUCUGCACCACUACCACAGAACACACUGGCCCAACUUGUCAUUCAGCAGCAACACCAGCACUUCCUGGAGAAACAGAAACAGUACCAGCAGCAGGUCCAUAUAAAUAAGCUGUUGUCCAAGUCCAUUGAACAGUUACGUCAACCCAGUGCACACCUGCAGGAAUCAGAGGAAGAGCAGGAGGAGCAACAAAGGGAGCAGACAGAGAGCAUGCAGGAGGAGAGGCUGCCCCCUGGAGGAGUCAUCCGGAAGCACACGCUGAGCAGCAGCAGCAGCAGCAGCGGCUCGAGCAGCGAGCUCCCCGACACUCACUACGGGGUCAUCAAGGUCAAAGAGGAGCCGGCUGAUAGCGAGGAUGAGGCCCUGACCAAUCAGAGCUUAGAGUCAGAGCAGAGCACCUAUCUUCACCAGGUCAAAGGAAGACUGGUGAUAAGAGCUAUGAUAUGAAAGGGGAAGACGAUGAGAUCACACACUUGCAACAUUCGCAAAUAAACAGGUCUCUACAGUAUCCACAUCCCUGCAGUUUACACAUGCCCAAAACACAGACACACACACGCACACACACAUACGCACAGCAGCCAUUGCACAGUAGGCCAGCUCUCCCCGUCACGACAUAUGACCCCUCUUUCCUCAGCUGCUGCCUGCGCUUGUCCCACACUCUAAGACUCUCUGUUUGUGAUCUGUGUGUAGUGAUCUCUGUAAAAUAUGUACGUUUCACUUUUGUGUAUAUAAUAUGAAGACAAUUUAGAUCGGUUGUUUUAAGAGCUGCUUUGGUCAUCUCGAGUCCGCUCAACUGACAAAGAGUUGUAUGUACAUAUACUGUGGACUUAGCAUCAGUGGUGAUUUCUAGAGGGAAGGUUGAACAGGUGUACAGCUUUGAAGAGCCACCUUAUGUUCCCAUUGUGUACAUUUUUGCCAUUAAGUUUUUGAAUGCUCUUCUAGCCACUUCAUUUUUGAGAACUGUCCUCACAGUGAGUUAAAGAAUUUAAAAACACUACAUACUCCACUGUUCUCAAAAUCUGUGAUGAUGUUCCAUAUUGAGUGGUCUCUGAACUGAAAUAAUAAUGAACAUCUGUCUUAGAGAGAAUGUAUACUUAAAUCCUAUCACAGGAUGCUCCCUUAGGGCAGACUUCUGCGCUAAGAGUGAGACUGCCAUUGGAAUAUGGCCCGCUGCUCAUAUUGCAAUUUGAAGGAUAAAGCACUAAAUCCCUGUUUGGGUGUGCGGGCAUCUCCCGGCACACCCCAAGUCUCUCUCUCUCUCUCUCUCUCUCUCUCUUUUUCUCUCUCUCUCUCUUUCGAAGCAGUCCCAGAACCAGGGCCGUGUUAAGCCGAGCUCUCUUCCCUCUCUCCCUCUGGGUCCAAAUCAAAGCUCGGCGGGUUCCUGCCCAGCUUUCAGCAGAGGAGUCAGACAGAGAGAGAGAGAGAGAGAGAGAGAGAGAGGGCCGGGCAGGAAAUGCCUUUUGGAAGCCAGGACUUGGAGUGAUUCAUGUGUGCAGGAAUGUUGAGAGAGGAGGACCUAGGGUUGGAGGAGUCCAAGGGGCCAAGCUUGAGAAUUGAUUUACUGUCAAGGCGAAUUACAAAGUGAGUGGGGAUAUGGUUAAGGGAGUCCCUUUUAAAGGGAAUCGCUUCCUUCGUAUUCCCCAGCGGUACGCUUACCUCAACAUGCAGGUUUGAUGUUACUUCAAUAAAAAACCCUGGAUAGGACCUUGCUUCUUUUUUUCUUGAGCCUGUUUUCCCCUGAAAGUGCCCAUUGCGACAUGUAUAGUCUGUCUUAAAGUGAUCAAUCAAAUGUAUUGCAUAGCCGUAAACCUUCCUGUUUCAUUUGUACCGUCGACUAAGUGUAAGAAAAAUGCUAGUAUGAGGUUCUGUGUUUGGAUUCAUGUGAAAAUCAAAACUGUCUGUCUUAUACUGUACAUUCAGAUUGUCUAAUGUUUUUAGUGCAAGUAAACACAAUCAGAACAA